CUUUCAAAGUUUGACUGGGGAAUUGAGGUGAGAAUGAAAGCAGUGCUGCUGCGGUUGCGAAAAAGGGAGAGAAAAAAAGACGUUAUAAAAAUAUAUCAACCUGGGAUUUGUUCCGAGACAAAUGGUCUUCGUUCAAGAUUAACGUUGAAGAAUAUUGGUUGACGUAAUUUAGUUUAAUUGAGUAAAAUCUAUAAAUUUCAGAGAUUAAAAGGAUAAUGUAUUCAAUCGAUUUAGAUUUUUGAGCGUCGCUUGGAUUAGUUCUGCAGCCUUCUCAGUCAUGCAGUUAGAAUUCCGAACGGUGAUGUUUGGAAUUGUAACACUGCUGGUCAUAUUUCUGAUCAUUGCUGAUAUUACUGAAAUCGAGGAAGAAAUUGCGAAUAUUGGAGGUUCCAGAACAUUGUACUUGCACAGCCUCAUCCCCAAGCCCAACAGAAAUGUAGCAGUGAAAGCCAAUCCUACACCUUUAAUCAGUGAAGGGGAGGACAAGAGCCCUGCUUCUCCUUCAGGUUUGAAUAAUACCACCAGGCUCUCUUCAGAUAACUGGACCUUCAACAGAACCCUCUCCAGCCUCAUCAGGAAGAACAUCCUGAGGUUCUUUGACCCAGAGAGGGACAUCUCUAUUCUGAAAGGCACAUUGAAACCUGGAGAUGUCAUCCACUACAUCUUUGACCGUCAGAGCACUACCAACAUCUCAGAGAACCUGUACCGGUUGCUACCCACUGCGUCCCCCAUGAAGAACCAGCACCACAGACGCUGUGCCAUCGUAGGGAACUCUGGGAUCCUACUCAACAGCAGCUGUGGGCCAGAGAUAGACUCCCAUGACUUUGUUAUCAGAUGUAACCUGGCGCCAGUGGAGGAGUAUGCUGGGGAUGUGGGGCGGCGCACCAACCUGGUGACCAUGAACCCGUCGGUGGUUCAGCGGGCCUUCCAUGACCUGGCCAGUGAGCAGUGGAGGGAGCGCUUCCUGCAGCGGCUCCGGGGCCUCAGCGGCAGCGUACUGUGGAUCCCAGCCUUCAUGGCCAAGGGAGGAGAGGAGAGGGUGGAGUGGGCCAUCCGUCUCAUCCUGCUGCACACGGUGGAUGUGCACACCGCCUUCCCCUCACUGCGCCUUCUCCAUGCUGUCAGAGGGUAUUGGCUGACUAACAACGUCCAGAUCAAGAGACCCACCACUGGUCUGCUGAUGUACACCAUGGCCACCCGCUUCUGUGAGGAGAUCCACCUGUACGGCUUCUGGCCUUUCCCUCGGGAUUCACAGGGGAUACCAGUCAAGUACCAUUACUAUGACACUCUGACCUACGAGUACACAUCCCAUGCCAGUCCACAUACUAUGCCACUGGAGUUCAGGACACUGAGUUCACUCCACAGACAGGGGGCGCUGCGGCUCAACACUGGCUCUUGUGAUGCAGGAAUGUAAUCUAAAAAAGCAGCAAGGAAUAUACACUGAGUAUACCAAACAUUAGGAACACCUUCCUAAUAUUGAGUUGCACCCAACCCCC